AAAAAUAACGUUUAUAGAAAUAUAAUUAAAUACGUUUUUUGAUAUUUUUUACGUUGUUUCUAUUUUAUCUAUAUUCCUUAGUUUUAAGGGAAAAUCAAAACCCCUUUUACUCGAUAAUAAUAAUUCAUCGGACCUUAGAAAAAAACGUAAGUAUUCAAUAUGAAGCACAUUUACUUGUUUAACAUUCAUAAUCUUUUUGAAUGUUUGUGAAGAAAACACACAUAAAUUGAAGCUGCCGUAAAUAUGGAGAAAUUCCAUCAUGUGAGAAGGAUAAGUGAUGACAAUACAUCCCUGAUGUUAUUAAGAAUGUUUGGAAAUGUAACUAACAAUUAUUGAAUGCUAGAUUUGCAUGCGAGGAUAUGUUUUGUGUUAACAUAUUGUGUUACUUUUCGUAUUCUAGGUUUUAGACAGACUACAUAUGUCAUGUUGAACUUGUACCGUAAAUAUUGAACUUAAUAGCAUUAUUUACUAACUUCAUUUAUUUUGUUGUUAAAAAAACGCAUCCGUUUUCUAGUAAUAGAUUUAAAACUCCUGUUGUACUAACCACUACGUAUCAUUUUUAAUUCGAUAAAUAAAUAAAAUAAUAAUUGAGCGUAAUGGUUCAAUAGUAUUAAUUUCAUGAAUUCUUGUCAAUGUUCCUCUUCAUAUUCAUAUUUCAAUUGGUAGAAGUUUCUGCAUAUAUUAAACAUAUGAAGCUUAACCUUAUCCUGGGGGCUUAUCACCAAGUCUUAAAGAAAUACUGUUGCAGUUGUGGAAGCGUAAACGACAUCUCUCUUCCGCAACUCCAAUAUCAACGUAAUAUACGUUGAGAAGUGGUGAUACGGUUUCAGGUCAUAAAUAUCGUGUCCAUAAUUCUAACUCUAAGUAUACCAGCCAGACGAAACUGGAGUAAAAGAAAUGGGCUCCGAUUUCGGUAUCACGCAUCUUGCUAGCAGUCGACAACAUUUUUAUAUUAAUCUUGAUCAAAUUGCAUGAACAAUCAUUUUGCUAAAUAGUUUUAGUAGUUUAGUAGUUGUCGUUUUGCGUUAGCAACAAAUGUAAUACUAUCACCGAAGUUCAUCUGCAUCCUCUGAAUGUUAACCUGUUUGUCAAUGUUGUGUCUCAUAAAUGAGUGUAUGUUUGUGUAUAUUUGCAUGACCUUACCGCCAUCAUCACUGCAUGUAUCUAUUUAUUUGUUUCAGUCCCUGGGAAACCAUGAAUUUGAUAACGGCGUUGCUGGACUCAUUCCGUUCAUUCAGAAUGUCACAUGCCCAGUUUUAGCUUCAAACCUGAUCCUAACCAAGGAACCAAAAUUACAAGCUGAACCUAAUCUCAUGAAUUCUGUUGUAAUUGACAUUAACGGUACGAAAAUUGGUAUAAUUGGGUACUUAACUCCUGAUACUAAAUUUAUAGCAACUAAAAAUGAAGUAGAAUACAUAAAUGAGGUGGUAGCAGUAGGAAAAGAGGCGACCAUGCUUAAAAAUAACGGAGUGAACAUUCUCAUUGCUUUAGGUCACUCCGGUUUUCUUAUGGAUUUGGAAAUUGCCAAAAGGGUAGAAGAUAUCGAUUUAGUUAUAGGAGGACAUACAAACACAUUUUUAUAUAGUGGAAAAGCCCCGGAUAUGGAAGUAGCAGAGGGAAUGUAUCCGACUUUAGUGGUACAGGAUUCUGGCAGGUUGGUGCCUGUAGUCCAAGCGUACGCCUACACAAAGUAUCUCGGGCAUUUAUACCUCAACUUUGACAAAAAUGGCGAAAUGAUCAAUUAUGAAGGUAGUCCGUUACUCUUAAACGAUUCAGUACCGCAUGAUCCAGCAGUAUUGAAAAUAGUCAACCAAUAUAGAGAAGAUAUACAAAAACUUACUGAAAAAGUUAUAGGAAUCACUUCAGUAAUUGUAGAUGGUGAAUCCUGUCGCUCAAAAGAAUGUAGCAUGGGUAAUGUAAUCACUGAUGCGAUGAUACAUAGAUAUGCUUCAGAAUACAGCGGAGUUGGCUGGACUGACGCCCCUGUAGCCAUUGUACAUGGCGGCGGCAUACGAUCUUCAUUUCAUUAUUUAAAAUUACCAUCAAAUAUCACAAGAGGAGAUGUUUUACGAGUGAUGCCUUUCGAUGGAACCGUGAUGAAAGUGGAAUUAGCUGGUAUUGAUAUACGGAAGGUGCUUGAACAUUCCGUACACCGCUACAAUGCCCUGUUUCCAACUGGUGAAUUUCUACAGAUGUCAGGAAUGAAAGUAGUUUAUGAUUUAAAAAAGCCUCCUCACCAAAGAGUUAAGUCUGUUCAUGUAAGAUGUGGCGAAUGCACACGACCUAUUUACGAAGUACUCAAUAAAACCAAGGAAUAUAAAAUAUUGAUGCCUGCAUUUUUGGCAAGCGGAGGCGAUGGAUAUGACAUGUUUACAGAAUUACCUCAAGUCAGUUUGCACUUAAGCGAAAUCGAGUGCACAGAAACAUACAUCACAAGUCAUAGUCCGCUGUAUCCUGCUAUAGAAGGAAGGAUUAUUAUCAAACAUCAAGAUCAAAAUAACGAUACUACUAUUUUAAGAGGAAAGAUGUUGAGCUGAUGAAUAGUGCAGCUUCAUGUAUAACUAGCUUUUCCUUUUUUCCUUGAUAAGGAAGAGAACUGAUUUAAGUUCUGCUUAUGAAAGACUUCAUCUGAAUUUCCCUUAAACUUCUAAACUAGCCUUACAGGAAAACGGCGGUGAUCAUAUUGUGGGGUGGCAAAAAAUCAGAAUUAAGAUUCUGGUUUUGAAGAAGUAAUGAAAAGGUCAGUGGAGUACUAAUACUGUACGGAGUAAUAAUACUGUUAUAAAAUUAGUAUGAUAUUAACUAAAAGCUAACGCUGAGAAUUUUAUAUAAGCAAAUAGGCAAGGUACGUGUUUCAAAGAGUGUACCAAGUGGGGCUAAUCUUUUAUCAUUUUAAACGUAUGCAGCCAGCAUCUUUAAUUGGUAUGUCUACAAUCGCUCGACGUACGGAAGUGACAAGUCUAAGCUGAAAGACCUAUCAAUGAACUGUCAUUUCCGUUUGUUUAGGAUAUCGCUUUUAUGGUAAUGAUACUUAGAAAUGUCACUUACCUACGUAGUCAGUGUUGGCAAGUAAGGGGUUUAUUUUCUUCUAAAUACGGUGAUUUUUGGUUCUUCCAUGUAUCUUUAUUUACUUAAGAAUAAAAUUGCAAUUGCAA